UGCCACGCCACGCUGUGUUUGCCUUAGCGUCGACUCAGAACGUUCUAGAGUGUGUACUGUUCAAUCCACAUACACGCACGGAUAGCUUGUCAAGCUGACUUGUUACUUGUGACGAUAAAAGUAGAGGUUUUCUUAUAAGCUGCUUUUAAUCAAGUGACUUCGUAUACUUUUUUCGCUGGCAAAACUUUUUAAGACCUUUUCAUAUAGGUCAUGUUGUCCCUCGCAAUACCAUUCCUCCAGGACCCCCUGAAAACGAAUGUGCAUUGGCUCGGGACAUUUGCAAAUGGCAAUGACACCUUCCAUGAAGAGAAUGCUCUUACAGCUAGUGCUGUUGUUGAAGGGAACACAUUGAACAAAGAUGUUCUUCACCCAGCCAGUGGGAUCAAACGUGAAUUACCUGAGGAAUUCCCUGAUGCCUCACCUGCUAAGAAGAAAAGGAAAAAGACUGUUGCAGUAUCUCAGCCAAAAAAUGCAGUAUGUGCUUUGAAUGAAUUACGGCCAGGAUUGGUUUAUACUACAGUAAAUAUGAGUGGUCCUGUUCAUGCACCUACUUUUACAGUACAAGUUCAGGUUAAUGGUCAAAGUUUUCAAGGUCAAGGCCGAUCAAAAAAAUUGGCAAAACAUGCUGCUGCAGAAGCUGCUCUUCGUUCAUUUGUACAGUUCAAAAAUGCUCCAGAAGCUCAACAGGCAAUGAACAUGCAUAUUUCUGAAUUUGAUUAUACAAGUGAUGUUAUGGAAACUGAACUAUCUUUGUUUAAUACGUUCCAUCCCGUGGAAGGAAGUGCUUCACCUGGGAAUUGUGGCGGUCCGGACAAAUUAUCAAAUGAGCAUUUAGAAAAAGCACAGAAUGGUUGUAUUCCUCCAAAAUCCCCUUCGCAGGCUAUAAUACGACGAAAUUUACCUCCUAUUCCUUGUGAUAAGAGCCCAGUAAUGUUGCUCAAUGAACUCCGAUCAGGCAUUAAAUUUGAAUGUGUUUCAGAGAGUGGUGAACAGUAUGCUAAGUUUACAAUGGUCGUUAAUAUUGAUGGUGAACGAUUUGAGGGAACGGGUCCAAGCAAAAAACUUGGGAAGGCUGCGGCAGCAAAGGCAGCCCUUGCAAAAUUGUACAAUAUGACAUUCACACCAUUUCCCAAUUCCCUGAAGCAAACAAGAUCUCUGUUGACUACUGGGACAGCCAAUGCCUCCCUGGAGCAGAUGACAUUGCCGCAAGUGCUGGCAGAUCACAUAUCUAGGUUAGUAAUAAACAAAUUCACAUCUUUAAUAGAACGACAACCUAACCAUGCUCGACGAAAGGUACUGGCGGGAAUUGUGAUGACCACAGGACCGCAGAUGGAAGACGCAAAAGUGAUCUGUGUUACAACUGGAACCAAAUGUGUAAAUGGUGAACAUAUGAGCGUAAAUGGUGCAGCACUUAAUGACACACAUGCCGAAAUUGUGGCACGCCGCUGUCUUUGUGACUUCCUCUUCGCACAACUGGAAUUACAUGCUGAUGAAAGCACAGCACAGGAUUCUAUCUUCAGUUUUAAUCCAGUGGGGUAUUAUCAACUGAAGGAAAACAUAAAAUUUCAUUUGUAUAUUAGCACAGCUCCAUGUGGUGAUGCAAGGAUAUUUUCUCCUCAUGAAGCAGUGUCUCAAGAUGACUCCCUGGAUAAACAUCCCAACAGAAGAGCUCGUGGUCAGCUUCGGACAAAAAUAGAGUCUGGAGAAGGUACUAUACCAGUUAAAUCAAGUGAUGGAAUUCAGACCUGGGAUGGUGUCUUGCAGGGACAGAGGCUUUUAACUAUGUCAUGUUCUGACAAAAUUGCGAGGUGGAAUGUUGUUGGUGUGCAGGGGGCUUUGCUAUCCCAUUUCAUUGAACCUGUUUACCUAGAAAGUAUUGUACUUGGCAGCCUUUUUCACCCAAGUCACAUGUAUAGAGCUAUCUGUGGAAGAAUCGAAAGUACUAUACAAGGGUUGCCACCUCCGUAUAGAUUAAACAAACCUCUUAUGAGUCUUAUAACAUCACCUGAAGUUCGUCAACCUGGAAAAGCACCAAAUUAUAGUGUCAACUGGACUGUAGGUAUGGAAGGCCCAGAAAUAAUAAAUUCAGUAACUGGAAAGGAUGAGAGUGGAACAGCAUCAAGGCUUUCCAAGCAAUCUUUUUUUACUAGAUUCCUGAAUCUAGCUGGACGAAUAAAAGGCACAACAAAAAUGAACACUGUGAAGCAACCAGCAUUGUAUUCUGAUGCAAAGCUUGCUGUACGUGAAUAUCAGAUGGCAAAGGAGCAGUUGGUCCUUGCAUUUGUCAAGGCUGGCUUGGGAACGUGGCUUAAAAAGCCAAUUGAACAAGAUCAGUUCGAAGUGAAUGGGAGUUUAGAACAAAGUAAUGAAUGACUAAUAAGUAAGUUUCAUGGAGCCUGCAUUACAGGAUAGAGCAAUCAUUCAGCCCCCCAUUCCAAUGCAACAAGAGUUAUUAACAGUAAGAGGUUACUUGACGUCAGUAAAGGGCAGAGGCAGGAACACUGAGAUAUAAUUACUCUUGUGCAAGGACUAAAAAUGUACAGCAAAAUAGCUGUAUUUUUAACCAUUGGAAACCCACCUCACUCAACAUUUCUUGUCAGUACGGUGAUAUUGUCAAAAGUCACUAAGACGACACCGUCUGUAAUUUUCAUUCACUUUUAUAAAAGUUUCACAAGGCUUAUUUUCAUUUUUUACAAUUUUUAAACUAUACAUUUAGUUCUGUUUAAAUGAACUAUUGAAAGACAAGCAACUGUACAAAACUGUUUUUCUAUGUUUGUGAAUAUUGUAGACAAUUGUGGUUAUUGGUAUGAUUUCAUGGGUCUGUUCAUAUAAUUGUGUACAUACUAUGGAAUGACAAGUAUUUGAAGAAGUUUAUUAUGACAGUGUAUAUAUAUUUUUGUAUACUAAUUAUUUUUAUUUUUUUUGUGCAUUAAAGCAGUACUUCAUAUACACACAUUUAAUGUUUUGCUGGAAAGUGCUUUUCAGCUUAUUUCCAUUGUCUUUAGUUAAGGACAUUCACAUUCUCAUCUACUUCAACUACCCUCGGCACAUGCUUCAGUAGAUUUCUUACACUAACUGCUCAUGGCUGCCUUAUACUCAAAAGUUAUUGAAUUAGUAUCAUUUAGUUUUGUGAUAUUUCAGUAUAGGAGUGGUAGGUAAUACAGUUGUUCUAAAGGAUACCUUAAACAUCAGUAAGCUUCUGUACAGUACAAUCUACCAAAAGUUCGCAUAUUACACUAAAUUACUUUAUAUCCUAUUCUACAAUUUCAAUUUUUGCACCCUUGUCUACGUUAAACAAUUUCCACAACAACAGAUAAUUUUGUUAGUAAUUAUUCACUUCUAAAAUAAUUUAUAUGUAACCGUUGAAUUGCAUGAACUUCAAAUAAACUUGCACAAAUCUAACAAACUAAAAAAUCUAAAUGCCCUUCUCCCUCCCUCCCUCCCUCCCUCCCCCCCCCC